AGCCCUAACCUGAAGUGUGCUCCACCAUUGCUUCACGCCAUGGCUUUGUAGUCACUGCAGAUUGUGGCGACUUUCCUGACGUGUCGCUUCGACAUUGGUACAACCAGGGUUACAGCCACCGCACACCCUCUGAGCUUGCAUGCCGUGGAGUGGACCCUCCGCUUGAUAUUUGCUUAGCAGGCUCAGUCGCUUACCCGUCAUGCGCGUGAGUUGGGCCGCAACAGCCCGUUCUAGGUAGCACUGCGGAGGUCCGUUCGCCAGGCAUGUCUCUGCUGUCGGAGUACGACGACUGGGUUGCCACGCCGGACGCCCAGUCGCUGCUGCCCUCCUCCGCGCAGCCAUCGGAGUCGCAGCCGCCGGCGUCGCAACCCUCUGCCGCGUCCCUUCCCGCUCCUUCCGCCGCCGAUUUCGCUCAACCGCCGCCCCUGUCUCCGCCGUCCCUUGGCGUCCCGCAUUCACCCGAACCCCGCCGCCCUCACCCGCACCCGCCGGGCACUGCUGCCUCCCCGCCAGCCUCUGCGCCGGUAGCCGCAGCGCUGCCGCGAGGGGAGAGCGACCGCGGGUCGCUCCGGUCGGAUGAGGGGGAGGAUGCGCAGCGUCCGUCGUCCCCCGCGCUGCCGUCGCCGAGGCAAUGCAUACCGUCGUCCAGCAGCGUGGGCGGCGGCGGCGGCAGAACGAAGAAUCGCAGCGGCCCGUUGAACCGGGUGUCGACCGCGCUGCGCCCCAUGUCCGCCAUCUACGCGCGCCGCAGGCCGCGCGGCCUGGGAGUGCGCUUCGACGAGGACCGCGACGGCCACUCGCCAAAAGCCGACGGCGGCAGCAGCGCGGCGCGGGGGAGCGCCGCCGUCGACCCGCAGCCGGGCGACGAGGGGACGCCGACGGGCGGGCAGAAGCAGCCGGCAGGGGGAGGGGGGGCGGCGGGUGAGGGCGGGGAGGCGCGGUUGCUGGGGAAGCUGGGGUCGGGGCGGAGCAAGUGGCAGGUGGUGCAGCGGUCGCUCAAAGACAUCAAGGAGGUCGAGCGCGAGCUCCGCGACAUGGCGGAGAACGCGCGCGGGGGGGGGACCGCGGCGGACGAGGAGGGCGGGGGGGAGGGCGCGGAGGACGACGACUUGGAGCGGCUGGCGAAGGACCUGGAGGCGCUGCGCGCCGAGCGCAAGGCGCGGCAGCAGCAGCAGAAGCAGCAACGCGCGUCGAACCCGAUGGCGCACGCCGGGGGGGGACUGGGGGCGCAGUCGGCCGUGGCGGUGGACAUGCCGGGGGUUGCGCGGCAGCGCAAGAUGGUGCGGCAGUCCGUGAUCAUGUGCAUGGACCCCAUGUGCAACCGCUGCCCGCCCGAGAUGCACCUCCACAUGCGCAAGAUGAUGAGCGGCGCCACGGCCAUGAGCAGCGCCGCCGUGGCGCCGGCCGUGAAGGACUACUCCGCCAUGGACUGGAUGCUGGACGACGACGAGGGCGACCAGGGCGACGGCGAGGAGGAGCUGCUCGUCACGCUGCGGUGCUGCGGGCUCAAAAUCACCUACCGGCGGCGCCGCUUCACGUUGCGGCGGUGGUUGUCGGAGCUGUGGCCGCCGCCGGUGCUGAAUCCGCACAACUUCUACGUGAAGCUGUGGAUCAAGCUGCAGUUCGGCAUGAUGCUCCUCGCCUUCCUGCUCGACCCGCUCUUCCUCCUCGUCCUCUCCAUCUCCCAGGAGAACAUGUGUGUGUACACGAGGUGGACCUUUGGCUACUGUCUGGUGGGCAUCCGCACAUUCAUAGACGUCUUCACUCUCCUCAACAUGCUCGUGCAUACGCGGCUGGCGUUCAACGCGACGCACGAGCACGUGCGGGCGGGCAGCAUUUUGAACGCGGCGGGCGAGGCGGUGAAGCUGGGCGAGCUGGUGAUCACAGACGAGCGCGCCAUCCUGCUCAACUACCUGCACAGCCUCGCCCUCUGGGACCUCCUCGCCCUCCUCCCCAUCCCCCAGGUGGUGACGCUGGUGCUGCUGCCCAUAUCGCCGGACGUGAACGUGUCGCAGACGUGGCAGGUGGCGGCGCGCCUGUCCAUCCUGCUGCAGUUUGUGCCGCGCAUGGCGCGCAUGUACCCCAUGCUGUCGGGGCAGGGCAGCCACUCGUUCCUCUUUGAGACGGCGUGGGCGUCCUUCCUGCUGAACCUCGUGGCAUUCUUCAUGGGCUCCAACGUCGUGGGCUCGCUCUGGUACCUGCUCACCAUGCAGCGCGCCGCCACCUGCCUCGUCAACGCCUGCCUGCCCGACGCCGACCCGCCGUGCCAGCAGGCGUUCCUCAGCUGCUGGGGGAGCGGCAACCCACCUGGCGUGGGGGGUUACAGCGCGUGGGUGACGAACAGCACGGGUGUGUAUGACGAGUGCCUCAACAACGGCGCGAUCAGCAGCGACUUCUACGGCAUGUACACCACGGGCGUCAGAGUGGUGCAGCUCGGCUCCUGGUUCUCCACCUGGCUCUACUCCCUCAUGUGGGGCUUCCAGCAAAUCAGCACGCUGGCGGGCAACCUGGUGCCGUCGACGGAGGUGGGCGAGGUGGUGUUCAUGCUGCUCAUAGUGGCGCUCGGGCUCUUCUUGUUCGCCUUCCUCAUCGGCAACAUGCAGAACUUCCUGCAGUCGCUCAGCAGACGGUCGUUUGAGCACCGGCUGCAUCUGAGGGACUUGGAGCAGUGGAUGUCGCAGCGAGACAUUCCCCGCGACCUGCAGAGGCGAGUGCGGCAGCUGGAGCGGUACGUGUGGACGGUGAACCAGGGCGUGAACGAGGAGGAGGUCAUGACGUCGCUGUCCGAGGACAUCCAGAGGGACGUGCGCCGCCACCUCUCGCUCGAACUCAUCACCAAGCACUGUGUGCUGCUGAAGGGCAUGCCGGAGCAGGUGCUGGACGCCAUCUGCGAGCGCCUCAAGCAGCGGCUGUACAUCGACGGCACCAUCAUCCUGCGCGAGGGCUCCCCCGUCAGCCGCAUGUUCUUCGUGCUGCGCGGGGCCCUCGAGAGCUCCACCACCAACCGCGGGCGCACGGGAUUCUAUGAGGAGGUGAUUCUGGGGAAGGGCGACUUCGUGGGCGAGGAGCUGCUGGUGUACUUCAUCGAGAAGUACGCCGAGGAGUCCAACAAGAAGCACAAGCUGCACUCCCGCCGCUCCAUGCGCCGCGACAUGAAGGUGGGGUCGGCAGUGAUGCCGGACCUGCUGCCCAAGUCGGAGCGCACGUUCUGCUGCAUCGGGCCUGUGGAGGGCUUCUCGUUGGAGGCGGCGGACAUUGACUUCGUGUGCACGCAGUUCUUCACCGUCAUGCAGUCCGACCAAGUGCAGCAGGCCCUCAACAUGUGUUCGCUGAACCGGCGCAUGCGCGCGGCCACGACCAUCCAGGUGUGGUACCGCUCCGUGCUGCGGCGGCGCCUGAACCUGCCCAUCGACGUGAUGCGCCAGGCCAUCCGCACCAAGCGCAUCGGCGCACUCCUGCGCUCCCUGCGCUCCCAGGCCUCGGGGGAGGGCGGCUCCGGCACCCACCCGCGCGGAGGGGAAGGGGGGUCGCUCAAGGGCAGCGAGCAGGGGUCGGCGGAGCACGGACCCGGCAGGGGGAAGCAGGCGAGCCCUGACUUGAAGAGUGGCAGCAGCAAGGGGCGUGCGUCCAGUGAGGGGAGGGUGGACAAGGAGAAGGGGAGCACCAAGCGGGGGAAGGUGUACCGCGCACUCAAGUCGCUGGGAGGGGGGAACAAGGCAGUGCAAACCCCAGGCAGUUUCAUAAGCAGUGAGGGUGAGGACGAGGAAGGCGGUGAGAAGAAAGAAACAACAGCAGACGAGGAAGGGGGAAAUCGAGUAAAAGAGGGAAGUGGGGAAGACGGUCCUGGAAACAGCAAUGGUGGUGAAGGAAACAGCAGAGAGGAGGCUGGCAUGUGAAUGUGCAUGUGCUCGUAGUUUCUAGAAAGAGUUGCGGAAUGUAGUCACUACCUAUUUAUUGCCUCGAAAUUUGAUUUGUUGUGUUACUUUAUAAUGGGCGCAUGAAUGUAUCUAUGA